AGCCCCGACCAGAGAGGGGGAGAGAGGACAAGGCGGCGGAGAGAGGAGCACGGAGCGUGAGACAGAGGAAGAGAAAGAGACAGAGAGGAGGAGAGCGGAGGAGAGAGGAGGAGGAGGAGGAGGAGAGCUGCUGCGCAGGCUGUUUCCACCUCCUACUGGCCGCUGGCGUCUGCUGCUUUUUGCGGGCUGGUUGUGGAGCCUCCGUGGAGCCGUGCGGGUCUGGUGCGUUUUGGAGGAGGAGGAGGAGGAGGAGGAGGAGGAGGAGGAAGAGGAGCCUGUUGGCUGGAUUAUUACACACAUAUACAUUGACAUAUACACACACGCUCCCCGCUCCCGCCCGGUCCUCGGAGCCCGGAUCUCGGAGCCCGGAGCCCGGAUCGGUUUUUGCGCGGCGCUCCUCUGGAGCUCGUCUUCUAAAUGUUGGAGGAGGACCCGGAGGACAGCAGGAGCAAGGCUGGCGGCGCAGCGGCGACCGCCUCCGACUAGAGGAAAUAUGUGGCUGCCCUGGCUCACUUGUGCACUUGUGUUGGGAACUUUGUGUGCAGCGCUGAGCCCCGGCGAGGCCAACUCCAGGGAGUGUUUGUACUACAACGUCAACUACGAGAUCGAGAAGACCAACCAGAGCGGCGUGGAGCGCUGCGAGGGCGACGCCGACAAACGCUCGCACUGCUACGCGUCAUGGAGGAACAACUCGGGCUCCAUCGAGCUGGUGAAAAAAGGAUGCUGGCUGGACGACUUCAACUGCUACGACCGGCAGGAGUGUGUCGCCACGGAGGAGAGUCCUCAGGUCUUCUUCUGCUGCUGUGAAGGAAACUUCUGCAACGAGAAGUUCACACACCUGCCAGACAUCAGCGGCCCAUCGUUGGCUCCGUCCGUCAGCGUUGGCGUCCUGAAUGUGCUGGUUUACUGCCUGCUGCCCGUCACCGUGCUGUCUGUCGCCCUGCUCACCGUCGCCUGGAUGUACCAGCACCGCAAGCCUCCGUACGGACACGUGGACAUCGCUGAGGACCCUGGUCCCCCUCCUGCCUCCCCCCUGCUGGGUCUCAAGCCCCUGCAGCUGCUGGAGGUGAAGGCCGUGGGGCGUUUCGGCUGCGUCUGGAAGGCCCAGAUCAUGAACGAAUACGUGGCCGUCAAGAUCUUCUCCAUCCAGAAUAAGCUGUCGUGGGAGAAUGAAAGAGACAUGUUCAUCACGCCCGGCAUGAGGCACGAGAACAUCCUGAAGUACAUCGGCGCAGAGAAACGAGGGAGUCACCUGGAGGCUGAGCUCUGGCUCAUCACCGAGUAUCAUGAGAGGGGCUCCCUGUCGGACUUCCUGAAGGGAAAUGUGAUCAGCUGGUCCGAGCUGUGUCAGAUAGCGGAGUCGAUGGCUCGCGGCCUUGCUUACCUUCACGAAGACGUCCCCCGGCAGAAAGGGGAGGGGCCCAAACCGGCCAUCGCUCACAGGGAUUUGAAGAGUAAAAACAUCAUGUUGCGUUCAGACCUCACAGCAGUAAUCGGAGACUUUGGCCUCGCUGUUUCCUUCGAGCCGGGGAAACCACCUGGAGAGACACAUGGACAGGUGGGGACCAGGCGCUACAUGGCUCCGGAGGUUUUAGAAGGAGCCAUCAACUUCCAGCGAGACGCCUUCCUCCGGAUCGACAUGUACUCCACGGGCCUGGUGCUGUGGGAGCUGGUGUCCCGCUGCAAGGCCGCCGAUGGGCCAGUGGAUGAGUACAUGCUGCCGUUUGAGGAGGAGGUCGGCCAGCAUCCGUCUCUGGAGGACCUGCAGGAAGUGGUGGUCCAUAAGAAGAUGAGACCGGCCCUCAAAGACCUGUGGUUCAAACACAGCGGUCUGGCUCACGUCUGUGAGACGGUGGAGGAGUGCUGGGAUCACGACGCCGAGGCUCGACUCUCCGCCGGCUGCGUGGAGGAGAGGAUCUCCCACAUCCGCCGGCUCACCGCCACCAUGGCCCCGCCUACCUCCGACCACCACGCCCUCCUGGUCUCCACCGUCACACCCGUCCCCAUGGUCACAAACGUGGACCUGCCGCCCAAAGAGUCCAGUAUAUGAAGAGAAAGCAGCUGAUUUUCCUCCAGUUCGGUGCAACUACUUCCUCAAAAAUCCCAGAAAGAUGCGGAACGUGUCACCUUUCCUCUGUGGAGUCUCACAUCCAGAAACCGGACUGAAAGAAGCUGCUACUUCACGUCUACAGACGUCCCUCUCUUCGUCCUCCUCGGGCAAAUAUUACCAGCACACAUCCGGGUUUUUCUUAAGUUUUCCUCAGUACUGACUCAUUUUUUUAACCAAGUGUGUGUUUGAUGAGAAAACAAAGUGAACACACUAACGGGUAAAGCCCACACUGAAACGCAUUCAGGUCCCGACUCAGUGAAUGCUCGUCUAUCUCCAGGUACCUCAGCGACUGCUUUCCUUACUUUACUCUUUCUUGCGCAUUCUUCCCUUCCUUCCGCCAUCGUCCGUUCACUCAACACAUCUUAUCUACCUACCUGGACACUCGGCAACCGCGUCACCUAGCAACCCUCUACCAUCAGGAGACCGUUGGGAAUUCUUUUGGUUUCCUACGAUGCUGCAAAACCCUUCUAGGAACAACAAGACUGUUACACAGGAUGCCGGCAGAAAUCUCUCUCUUUUUUUUAUUGUUCUUCUGUGGCCGCAUGCUGCCAUUCACCUUCGGAUCCAACGGGUUGCGUUCAAAGAGACGGGAACAGGAAGUGAUGUCAGCAGGAACAAGGCGUGGAUGGCGUAGGGGCACAUCUUGCAUGCAGAGAUUGAUUGACUUGGCUCAACCACAGCAUUUUGGUUGGGCUGGAAAUAAAACUUCUCAGGGCGGGGGCGGGGGCAGGGCUGGGAGGGGAGGGGAGGGGAGGGGCUGCAGGUUUCCACACUGAGAGGGGGCGGUGCCAACAUCAGGUGUUGGCCUUUGGUAGGAGGGGCUUAUCUUAGGGUGCUGAAUCCUGAAUAUGUAAGCUGCCCAGACAAGGGUAACUAAAAAAAAAAAAAAAAAAAAAAAAAUGGUGCAAGACCUUGUGAUGCAUCGAGCGCAUUCAGGUCGAUGUGUGUGAAUGUUUUUCUGUUUCAUGCUGGUUUUAUACUGCUGAUUUAUGUCCGUCCGUGUCCUCGUUUGUUACCUGGAGGUCAGGUGGUGACUUUGGUCCCAGAGCCGUUUUUUUUUUUAUCAGAGAGA